GUUGACCCGACUCCUCAUCAACCCAAUGAGCGCAGUGGAGGGAGGCUCUCUUCUCCGCCGCGCAUCUCUCUCCCAUCUCCACCUCACUUUUCCAGGCGGCCAGCAAGCCUGUCGGAGCUCUGAACUGCAAGCCUGACUCUGUCACUCCGCACUGACUGACUCCAAAGCUGCAAGGAUUCCUAGCUGCUCUCCCUUUUUGUGAUUUUCCUCAAUUUCCCCCCUGCGCCUCGAGGGGAAACCCAAUGGAGUUUUUGUCGGGUUUUGAAGGGGAGGGGGGAACCACGACAGAAUAAUGCAGCAGAGGAAAAAGACACGAGUCUCACUAGUCACCCCCGUGGAAUAACAAGAUGUUGUGCUGAGAGCCUGCCACCCCCCCCCCCUCACCAACUGCCAUGGCAGCAUGCCAAGCCAUGCGAGUGACCUUUAUCACACCAUGAAUGCGAGCUGUGCCGUUCAAAGAGGACACAAGUAACCUUUUCUUGUUAUUUAAGAAGGAACUGUUGAUCUGAACGAAGGAGGGGAGGGUGGGGGAGAAGACAGAAAGAGAGAGGAAGAGUCUCCAAAAAUAAAUAAGCAAACAAAGCACACAACGGAAGGAUGCCAACGAGGUCCGAGGAGAUGCUCAUGGAUCUGUGGAUGUCCUUGCUGCUAGUGUGGAUUACUUGUGUUCCCUCUGUCUCCAUGACUCCCAUCACGGGCCAGUCCAGAAGCACACAAACUGGUGGGUCGGCUGCGAUGGCGAGUGGUCUUGGCGAAGGACAAAGAUUACUAAGCCGCACCAAGAGAGGAUGGGUUUGGAAUCAAAUGUUUGUGUUGGAGGAAUUUUCUGGACCAGAUCCAAUUCUAGUUGGCAGGCUGCACACAGACUUGGAUGUGGGCAACAAAAACAUCAAAUACGUCCUUGCAGGUGAGGGGGCGGGCACCAUCUUCGCAAUCAAUGAGUUAACGGGAGACAUCCAUGCCAUGAAGAGGCUCGACCGCGAGGAGAAAGCCGAGUACACGCUAACAGCCCAGGUCAUUAACGCCGACACAGACGACCCUUUGGAGCCGCCGUCAGAGUUCAUCAUCAAAGUUCAGGACAUAAACGACAAUCCUCCACAGUUCCUCCAAGGCCCGUACCGCGCAUCUGUUGCAGAGAUGUCUGCUGUUGGUACCUCGGUUACCACGGUAACAGCCACAGAUGCUGAUGAUCCAGUGUAUGGGAACAGUGCUAAACUGGUCUACAGCAUACUGCAGGGGCAACCGUAUUUCUCUGUCGAUCCAAACUCUGCAACCAUAAAAGUUGCCCUCAAUGACAUGGACCGAGAGAUGAGAGAUGAGUACCUGGUGGUCAUUCAGGCUAAAGACAUGGGCGGCCACAUGGGGGGGCUGUCCGGUACGACGUCUUUGACCGUCACGCUGAUAGACAUCAACGACAAUCCACCAAAGUUCUCCAAAAAUUUGUAUGACUUUGUCAUUCCUGAAGACCUCCCUCUGGGGAAAAUGGGUGGAAAAGUGAAGGCCAAUGAUCGAGAUUACGGCGAUAAUGCCAAGUCAACAUACAGCAUCAUCGAGGGAGACGACCAGGGGGUGUUCGAGAUCGUUACAGAUACGCAAACGCAGGAAGGGAUUCUCAAACUGAAGAAGCCUCUAGAUUAUGAGACCAAGAAAGCCUACACACUAAAAGUCGAAGCGACCAACAUUCUGCCAGAGCACAGCAGCACCGCACACUUCAAGGACACAGCCACAGUGAAGAUUGCAGUGGACGACUCGGACGAGCCUCCCGUUUUCUCCAAAUCCAUGUAUUUACUGGACGUGAAUGAGAACGCUCCCAUCAACACCGUCAUAGGGACCGUCAAUGCCAGGGAUCCAGACUCCUCUAAGAACACCGUCAGGUACUUCAUUGAUCGGCACACAGAUCUGGAGAGGCAGUUCAACAUCAAUGUGGAUGACGGGAAGAUCACGCUGGCCAAACCGCUGGACCGAGAGACAGACAUGUGGCACAACAUCACAGUAACUGCCACAGAAGUCGGAAACCACAGUCCAAUCUCAAGGGCAAUUGUGGCCAUCAGAGUAAUGGACAUUAAUGACAAUGCCCCUGAGUUUGCCACAGAAUACGAGGCCUUUCUGUGUGAAAAUGGAAAACCUGGACAGGUAAUCCAGACCAUCAGCGCCGUGGACAAAGAUGAUCCAGUUCAAGGCCACUACUUUAACUAUCGGCUCGUCCCGGAGAUGCUGAACAAUCCUAAUUUUACCAUCAAAAACAACCAAGACAAUUCAAUCAGCGUUCUAGCCAAGCAUGACACCUUCAGACGACAAAAACAAGAGAUGUACUUCCUGCCAAUCAUUGUGACGGACAACGGACAUCCACCGAUGAGCAGCACCAACACCUUGACGAUCAGAGUCUGUGGGUGCAGCAAGGAUGGAAUCGUCCAGUCCUGCAACGUGGAGGCUUAUGUCUUACCCAUUGGCCUCAGUAUGGGAGCGCUUAUUGCCAUCCUGGCCUGCAUUAUCCUCCUGUUAGUAAUAGUUGUACUAUUUGUGACCUUGAGGAGACACAAGAAUGAGCCCCUCAUCAUCAAAGAUGAUGAAGACGUGAGGGAAAACAUUAUCCGAUAUGAUGACGAAGGGGGUGGCGAGGAAGAUACUGAAGCCUUUGACAUUGCAACGUUGCAGAAUCCCGACGGCAUCAACGGUUACCUGCCACGCAAGGACAUCAAGCCUGACUUGCAGUUCAUGCCACGGGCAGGCCAACACUCGGGCCCGAACGGCGUGGACGUGGACGAAUUCAUCAAUGUUCGGCUGCAUGAGGCAGACAACGAUCCAACGGCGCCGCCUUAUGACUCCAUCCAGAUCUAUGGAUACGAAGGCCGGGGAUCUGUUGCCGGCUCACUAAGUUCACUGGAGACGGUCUCAUCAGACUCGGAUCAGAACUUCGACUAUCUCAGAGAGUGGGGCCCACGCUUUAGAAGACUGGGGGAGCUCUACUCAGUGGGCGAGAGCGACCGUGAGACCUGACCUUGGUUUUGUUGGUAAAAUAAAGACCUUUGAGAUUUUUUUUUCUGUCCACAUACUUGUGUAUUUAACGCUAGAAGGUUUGCUGGCUUUUAGAAACAGGUGUUUAAAAUGAAAAAAUAAAAAUAAAAAAACAAGGGAGGAGACUUUUUUGUAAUCUUUAUAGAGUGAGGUAUAGCAGUUAUCAUUCUCUAAGUCAAGCGCAUUGUAACUGUUGAGCCAAACAAUGUCUUUAUUAGGAGAUCUCUGAUUCUUGUGGACUGUGACUUAGAUUCCGUUGUGGAGUGUCUAGCAGUAUUUUGGGUGUUAGUCAUUUGCUGUGACUGCCAGUAGCAAAGAAAACCCUGGUGUUGCUGGUAGUUGCCCAGUAAGUGGAUGUUGCCGGGCUCUCUUAAGCUCCAUGGACGCCAAGCUGGAAUAUAGAAGCUGCGGAGGGACUCUUCCUUCUUGUCUCCUUGAGCCACCCAGCUGAACGGUGAAGUGGAACAAGAUGGAAAAGAAAAAAAAAGCAAUAUAUGGUCUACAUUACUAUGAUGAAUGUACGUAUGGUUUGAGAAGAUGGAAACAUAGCAAAAAGGACAAACCAGUGUUGGCUUUAAAGUGAAUUUGUCCAAAUUUGAUAUGCUCUCUGGUGGCCAGAUUUGUAAAGUAUCAAAAGCCUAGAACGGCUUGCUUUAUACAACUCUUUGUAUUUACAUGCUACAGGUGUGGGUUGAAAGUGUUAUUAACCUAUUAAAGACCGAUGUGAAGACAAAAAAGAGAAAUGUAGAAACUCUGAGGCCUUCUUUUUACAGAAGCAACAUUAAAUACAAUUGUAAUUUACUGUUUUUUGACAUACAUGUGCUAGUGCUUCAUUACUGUUCUAGCAGUUUUGUAAAUCUGUCCUAAAGGUCUUUUUUUCUUUUUUUUCUGUGCCGCCUAUUUUCAAGUGUGUUUAGAUUCUUUCUCAUUCAGCUUUUUUCAGCUACUUGAGCAUUAGUUUAAACAAGUCAAAACCAUAUCACGGACUCUUUGAUGAUGAAGACCAGAUGUAAGCAGGCAACUAACACAGAUGAAGGGAUUAAUUGGGCAUGUGGGAGUGAGAUCCCUCUGACACAUGCUAUAUCAGAACAAGAUAUGACUCACACCGCAUUGUGGGGUGCAGCCAGUGAGCACAAUAGUUCAAUAGUGUGACUCCUUCUAAACAUUAAAACCCAUUUACAACACACAGAUGGCUUUAGCCCAAGUAAAACGUGAUCACAGUUCCAGAGCAUUUGCAUUGUGUGCUUACACUGUAUGAUAAUAAUUAAAAAGACUUAUACUGUACAUAAAGUUACUGCUAACGUCAUUAGCUUUCAAUGAGGUGGUAGGUUUUGUCUCUGCACGUUAGCUCCUGCACAUAAUGAAAUUUCUGAUGGCACUACAGCAGCGUGCAUUCUCAGUUUUUACUGAUACAGUAUUAUGGCAGUUCUCAGUAGACUAAACAAUAUAUAUAUGGAAUAGUCCUACAUGCAGAUCAUAUUUUAUACCGUGCUUUAAUGCUUAUAAAUGUGUACGUUCAAUUAUUUACUCCUUGUACUGUAAUCUAAGAAACCCUGUAUUGUUUCCUACUUUGUGAAAUAUAUUUUUAUAAAUAUUGCUCAAUGGC